AUGCACGCGGUCCUUGAAGGUGAACUUGGUGAAAGUGAAAUGGUAGAGGGAAGAGAAGCUCAGAAUGUCAGAAAUCAUGCUUUAAUACAUUAUCUUGCAACAUUGGCCAACUCAAACAAUACCAAAGAUACAUUUGAUUUUGAUUUUGUUGAAUCACUUCUUAAAAACGGCGCGGAUAUCCACAGCACAGACAAGACUGGACAAACAAUUUUUCAUGAAAUUGCCAGAUCUUGGAAUAUUGAUGUCGCAAAAUUUCUCAUAACGAAAGGUAAUAGAUGAAAAUAUGUCAAGAAUGCACUCAGAAUCUACAUACCUCCGUCAGCGGCUUGUUUAAUUAAUAUAUUUCAGGAUAUAUAGAUUCAUGUCCCGCUGAGUGAGCGGUUACUCGGUUAGGGUUAGGAUCAGCAUUCAGAAACAGCGAGACAUGAAUAUAUUACCAACAUUUUCAAUUAUCGUACAGCAUCUCAGCCUAUUAGCAAAUUGUGCAUAAACUUUCACAAAGCAAAAUAUUCACACACUUUUAUACGGGUGGAGAAAAAGUGCCAGUUUCCCAAGGAAUACAGGUGUUAAGUUCUUUGUAUGUUUGCAUGGUGAUAAAAUAUAAUAGUUUUGUUUGUGGAAACACCACGUAAAUUUAUUACUGCAAAGCUUUCGAUCCGUAAGCCCGGAUCUUCAUCAGUGCUAAUAAUAUCAUAUUAUUAGCACUGAUGAAGAUCCGGGCUUACGGAUCGAAAGCUUUGCAAUAAUAAAUUUACGUGGUGUUUGCACAAACAAAACUAUUAUAAUACAGGUGUUCAUCGAAUUUAUUAACAUUGUAACGAUUUAUCGACUAAUUUUUCUAUUUAGCUGUUUAACAUUUUGACAAAUAAGUUGGCAGACAAAUAAACAAACAAACCAACCAACAACACAACCUCGUACCCAGGGUAUUUGCUCUUGGGGAGCGAAAUACCCUGGUAUGGCCUGGUCACGUGACCCGCGGAUUUUGCGUAAAAUGGCGUAUUGUUUACUCGGGUCGGGGGCGUGAGUAUACAUUGUCACUCUUAGUAAUUAAAAUUUAAAAGCGUGAUAUAAUUACUAGGAGUGACAAUGUAUACUCACUCCCCCGACCCUAGUAAACAAUACGCCAUUUUACGCAAAAUCCGCGGGUCACGUGACCAGGCCAUACCAGGGUAUUUCGCUCCCCAAGAGCAAAUACCCUGGGUACGAGGUUGCCAACAACAAACAAACCGAGGUGAAAACAUAGCCUUCUGUUGGAGGUAAUAAAAACACAAAUUAGUGCUGGCUGCUGUUGUACUUAAAGUACAACUUAAUAUCUUUUUAACGAUUUCCAACAGUACAUCUGUGUAGUACAUCUUCCGAUCCAUCAUUGUUCUAUUAGAUUCAAGAAUAGGCGCAUUAAAAUAUUCAGUUUGUUUUAAAUAGUUUACUUAAAAGCUUUCUCAACAACUUAAUGAUUGUGGAUUUGUAAAUUUUUCAAUUAAACAUGUGAUGCAAGUUUCCGACACGGCGACAUUCAAUACAAUCUAUUUCUGCAGGUGCAAAUGUGAACAAACAAGAUCAGUAUGGUCGAUCACCACUUCACGUUGCUGCGGCAGUAGAUUACGCUGAAAUGGUAGAAUUUCUUCUACAAAAUGGGGCUGAUAUUGAUAUUAAAACAACUGGUGAAGGGCAGACUGCAGUACAUUUUGCUGCUAAAAAUGACGCAAUCAACUCUCUUCAGAUGUUGCUAGGAUACGGAGCAGAUAUUGACGCACGUGACGGCAAAAACAGAACACCACUACAGGUGGGUGGGGAAUGUUUGGCUCUGAUCUUAAAUUACUCUGAGCUUAAUUCUUAUCAAAUCUCCAAUAGUGUAAAUUAACCGACUGCUAUUUUUGACCAAAAUCUGAAGUCCAUACUUUCAAUACACCAUUCACCAAUAACCAUGGUUUGUAUCACAUUAUACCCAUCUGGAUCUGCUGGUUUUAAAUUAGAUGCACAAUCAGGCGCACACUUAGCGCCCGUCGAAGGCGGGAGAUAUUCUAGGGGGUAGACUAGAGUCUCUGAAAUGCCAUUUCCUGCACUUUAGAAGGAGAUUACAGAGUUCUAAAGGUAACAAAAUGUCAUGAAAUAUCUCAAAUUUUGUCUACACGCGUUUCUGAAAUAAUAUCAAUUAACUUCGUGGUUAUUAUUGACCAUUGUUUAAAAGUGUAUGGGAGGGGGGGGGGGGGACAUUUAGUGCGGUUUUUGAUAAAACAGUAUUCCGUUUAAACACUAGAAAAUGUAAACUCGAUAUUUGAUUAUCAUUAGGUUGCUGCAGAGAUGAAUCGUUCUAAAGCUGCAAAGCUUCUCAUCAACGAAGGUUCUCCAGCUGGUGUGUAUGACAACUUGGGCAACUCUGCCUUGUGUCUUUUAAUUGAGAAAAUUCCCGAGGUGGCUCUCAAAGCAAUGGAUCAGUUUCAUUCCGUAGACACAAUCAAUCGUAAAGAAUUUUAUUUUCUCAACUAUCUGGAAGGCACGAAGUUAAAAGAACAGAAAACGCCUGCUCGAACUCCUCUUGAGAUAGCUGUCCAGAAUGAGAGGUUUGACAUCAUCAUGCAUCCCGUCAUGCAACGCCUGAUUGCUGUAAAGUGGAAAAUGUACGGCAAAUGGGGCGCGAUCCAGGACCUGGUGAUGAAUCUCAUGUACACCAUAUUAUGGACGGUGCUUGCAGUCACCUUGCCAAUACAUGGAAGAGAUUUGUAUUUACCAAUUGAAAAAAAAUCCUGGAGACUAGUAAUUGGCAUAUUACUGGUUAUUUUCACAAUAUUGGAAAUCAGAAAACAAAUUAUAGGUAAAAGUAAUUACAAUACCAACGUCUUUUUGUCAUUUAUUAAAUAGCCAGGCAACUAGACAAAUUACCAUGUUUAAUUUUUAUCCAUCUUUUUCUAACGUUAUCUUAUGAAGCCCAGUCAGAUUCAGUGAGUAGAUGAAGCCCCCCAUAUAGCGGCGGAAGUGACGUCAGCAUUUUUCCUGUCAUAGGACGUCAGCAUUUUUAGGGAUAAGAGUGACCUCAUUUUUGGAACAUUGUCGCAUAACGUUUGUCGCGUGAUCUUUUGGAAUUUUGGGAUGGCGUCAGCAAGUAUUUGUCGCAUAAACAUUUGUCGCAUAACGUUUAUUGUAAAAAAAUAUGAUCCUUGUAUUAAGCGCUACAAUACCAGUUCGAACCGGAUUUAAUAUACUGUAUAAAUUGAGGUCUUCGAGUGUACAAGAGCGUAGUGUUUACACAGCUUUCGCAGAGGAAAAAAAUAUUUAUUUUAAAAUGGAAGGUUUAUAUGAUAGGCAUGAUCUGUUUGCAGCAAUGUCUAUUUGAUUUUUGGGCGAAUUUGAGAGGAAAUUUUUCAGGCUUCCAGGCUAUUUUGAGCUACCUGAUGUAUUGGAGCGGAGAACAUUGUGCAUAAGGGCACUUUUAAGUGUAGUUUAAAGUUUUAAAUUGUUUUUCAGAACAAUAUAUAAAAUGUCUUAGUUCAUUACUUUGCUAUAAAAAUGUGUUUAUACGUGUCUAGUUUUCAGCCGAGAAAACGUAAAGCAUUCCAACCUCUCAUUAAAGAGUGGUUUUAAUUCGGAAAACAGGUAGCAUAACACCAAAAACGUAGUAAAAAUUUAUUGAAGUUUAUAUACACAGCAAGAGAUUUGUAUCUAUGUACGUCAUAGACGAUUGAUGCAAUGAUUGUGGGACAUUACGAAUGAGCCUAUACGCAUGUGAACUGUGCAAAUGAUUUUAGAGCGAAAUAAUGUUGCUAUGAUACUGUUUUGCUUGCAUAAAUUAGGGGUUCCCCAAGGCUUCCCUCGGGGUACGUAUACGUGUUCGUAUUUUUCGCAUUUUGGUUCGCUUUUUGCUUCGCAUUUUUCGCAUUUUGCUUCGCAUUAUUCGUAUUUUGGUUCGCAUUCUUCGCAUUUUGCUUCGCAUUCUUCGCAUUAAGGCCCGACUAGGCCCGAAAUGGCACUUUUUGGCCCGAUUAGGCCCGAAGCCCGGUAGAAGGUACGGCUAAACUCUAAUGUCCAUUUUUCUACAAGGACUUAUUGUUGCAAUGAAACAAGGCACAAUACAGUUUUAAUAAAUAUUUAUUUCACAUAAACAUUACAUCGAUUCAUCACCAUCUGAAAAACGUCCUUGAUCUUCUAAAAGCUGUUUCAACAGAAACUUUCUUUUGUCAACCGCUGCAGAUAAAGCUUCAUCAGGAUCAAACGAGUCUUCGUUCGCUAAUGUCUCCUUCGUUUCCAUAAUCUUUCUAUGCACAGCAUCAUUUUUAAGUGCAUUCAUCCAUCGUAAAUUAUCCACGUAAACGUCAGCGAAUUCUUUCUGAAGUUCAGGGAGAACGUUUUCAAAGGCUUUCUGCUUAGCUGCACUUUCUUCUUGCCCAUCCAUUUGCAACGUUUUCAUAAAUUCAUCAUACUCUGGUCGAACGGUCGCCUUUGCAUCGUCAAUCAUGGUUGCCCAAGGAUCAAUCUCUUCCUUUAUUUCACCAUCAUCUUCGGAAUUCUCACUGUUUUCAUCUUCCUCAUUUUCCGUAACACUUUCUUCGUCUGGAAAAGAGUCCACACUUUGUUCAUCUGAGUAGCUACUUCCUCCUCCAUCCAUCGAGGUAUUAUCGUCAAUCUUUGCAUAUGCACAAUGGCUCGCCUUAUGUCGCCUGACAUUAUAAUAGGACGAAAACUGUUUCAGACAUCGAUCACACUGGUAAGAAGCCAAAUGAGAGCUUAGACCGUGGUUACUUAUAUAGUGGAUAUAUGCUUGGUUUGCUUGUGGGACAAUACAGGUGAAAUAGUUUGAACGUCAUUGAGGGUACGCAUGCGCAUUUUGUCUUAAGUACUUUUAUUAUGAAGGACUAACGGCUAGCUAGGCUGAGAUGUUCCGGUGGCCUUUUUGGCCCGUAUGGCCUUUUUGGCCCGUUUGGCCUUUUUGGCCCGUAUGGCCUUUUUGGCCCGUAUGGCCUUUUUGGGUCAUACUAUUCGUGCAUCUGUUCCUCGAGUCGUAAAUAUGAUCAUCAUGGCAUCUUCUAAAUUGUUUACAUCGAUCCUACGUCGACUUCCCAUCAACCUUACAUCCACCUCACCUUGACCUUACAUCCACCUCACCUUCACCUCACAUCGACUUUUUAGAGAGAAAUAAAUUAAGUGGCAGCACUCUCCCCCCUGGUGUCAGAUAGGGUUAACAGGUUGUUUGGGUAGGUUAACCUAUUGGGUUCUAUCGGGCCAAAAAGUGCCAUUUCGGGCCUAGUCGGGCCUUAAUGCGAAGAAUGCGAAGCAAAAUGCGAAUAAUGCGAAGCAAAAUGCGAAUAAUGCGAAGCAAAAUGCGAAAAAUGCGAAGCAAAAUGCGAACCAAAAUGCGAAAAAUGCGAAGACGCGUGAGCAAAAUGCGAAGACGCAUACGUACCCCGAGGGAAGCCUUGGGGAACCCCUAAUUUAUGCAAGCAAAACAGUAUCAUAGCAACAUUAUUUCGCUCUAAAAUCAUUUGCACAGUUCACAUGCGUAUAGGCUCAUUCGUAAUGUCCCACAAUCAUUGCAUCAAUCGUCUAUGACGUACAUAGAUACAAAUCUCUUGCUGUGUAUAUAAACUGUUGAUGAUAUUCACGAGUAAUAGGUCUUUUAGCUCAAUAAAUUUUUACUACGUUUUUGGUGUUAUGCUACCUGUUUUCCGAAUUAAAACCACUCUUUAAUGAGAGGUUGGAAUGCUUUACGUUUUCUCGGCUGAAAAUGAGACACGUAUAAACACAUUUUUAUAGCAAAGUAAUGAACUAAGACAUUUUAUAUAUUGUUCUGAAAAACAAUUUAAAACUUUAAACUACACUUAAAAGUGCCCUUAUGCACAAUGUUCUCCGCUCCAAUACAUCAGGUAGCUCAAAAUAGCCUGGAAGCCUGAAAAAUGUCCUCUCAAAUUCGCCCAAAAAUCAAAUAGACAUUGCUGCAAACAGAUCAUGCCUAUCAUAUAAACCUUCCAUUUUAAAAUAAAUAUUUUUUUCCUCUGCGAAAGCUGUGUAAACACUACGCUCUUGUACACUCGAAGACCUCAAUUUAUACAGUAUAUUAAAUCCGGUUCGAACUGGUAUUGUAGCGCUUAAUACAAGGAUCAUAUUUUUUUACAAUAAACGUUAUGCGACAAAUGUUUAUGCGACAAAUACUUGCUGACGCCAUCCCAAAAUUCCAAAAGAUCACGCGACAAACGUUAUGCGACAAUGUUCCAAAAAUGAGGUCACUCUUAUCCCUAAAAAUGCUGACGUCCUAUGACAGGAAAAAUGCUGACGUCACUUCCGCCGCUAUAUGGGGGGCUUCAUCUACUUCAGUGUCAUCGGCGACAUACUUAAGAGUUCUUAAUUCAUAUGUGAUAACCUUCAUUAUUGUCCGCACCUCCUGGGACUAAAUAAUAAUUAUAUACUUCUUCACCUACACACACACACAUCCCUUACACGUUCAUAAUAUGUAUUUAUUUUUCAACAGAAGAGAAGAUAAGCUUUCAACCAGAUUUCAAAUUAAGAAGUUCUUUCCUGUGAGAAAAGUAUAACUUUCCGCCGCUGGACUAAAUUACACUGAUUACUAGAAGGGGAAAUAAACUUUCGAAAGUAACAUGCACACUCAGCUAAAAAAAAGCCAAUAAUAAGGUUUAUUUUGACAUGUACAAAUUUCCCUAAUGACAAGGUCCGAAUAUUUUCAGAUUUUCAAAGUCGCUGAGUAUUCAUUGCAUGACAUUGAAUUUUCCAGCGCUUUUGUUUUGCUUAAAUCGAAAUAUUUGUGGGGAAAUAAGGCUCAAAUUGUAAAUUUAGAUAAUUCUUUAUUAUGCUUCAGUCACCUAAUAUUUUCUCGGGCCUCGUAAUUCUACCAACAAAUCAAAAACUUUGCCGACUAUGUCUUGAGAUAAUUUAGCAGCCAUUAAUAUUAAGUACACAUCAGCAUGUACAUUCUAAGCAUGUUUAGUUAAUAUCGACGAGCUUGCUCAUCUUGGCUCUCGAUUUGUGGUCGCAAUUUCUGAUGGCUUCAUGCCUGUCUACGUAGGCCUUAAUUCGCGAAAGUUAAAUGGCAUAAAUUAUGAUAAAUUAAGGUAUCGUAAUGCAAGCUAAAUCCUCUCUCCUCCGCAGAGCCUCCUUAAGUAUUUACAAUAACUUACAUAAAGUUUCCUGAAUAAAAGUGAGCGCGCGCGGCGUGAUGGGAAGAUUGAAAUGAAGCCGGGAAGGCUCUGCCAGGUAAUGCAACGAAGUAUGGUUUUUGAACCAAACCAGUUGUUUGACCUUUUUUUAAACUUGAAAACGACGGAAAUGUGGAAGAAAUUUAAAUAAAUCUUCAUUAUCUGAGUAUCGAAGUUCAGUAGAGUCAUUUUUAUAACGAAAUGUUGCAAUUUAGAGGAUAUUUAUAAUUAGAUAGCUCAUAUCCAUUUAUAUUCAUUUGCAAUUUCUCAAUAUUUUUCGGUGCAAAUGGACAGAAGAAGAUAUUGAUAUUGGAUUCAUUCCAGGAGACUCAAGUACGCCUGAAAAGAAAAGUGGAAAACAUGUUUUAACCCUCGAAUUAAGCUUGAUAUCGAACCGAACUCCAAACGAUUAUAUAAGACGAUUGCAUUAACUACACGCGUAAAAAUCAUCAUGUUGAUGCAAGUUGUUCAAAACAGGAACGAACAAUGUUGUGCUGCACCCCGUGAACAAUAUUGUUAACAAGUUGUUGAACCAUCAACAUUGUUGCAACUUGUUGACAAUCAUGUUAACAACUUGCAACAGCACUGAUGGUUGAACAACUUGUUAACAAUAUUGUUCACGGGGUGCAGCACAACAUUGUUCGCUACUGUUUGAACAACGCCGAACAACCUGAUCAAUUUUUACCCGUGUAGCAGAGGCUUCCUUUAUUUAGCUCUUCCCAUCACUCCUUGCGCGCUCACCUUCCCCUCACUAGAAACUUCAUGUAAGCCUCUGCGGAGGAGAAAGAGCUGAAUCCAAAUAGAACUUUAACAUUCAACUUUUUUUUCGUUCAGACACAAUUAAAACCAGACGAAAUCUAAAAAAAUGGAAGGAAUGGCGAGCUGCUGAAUUAGCAAGAGAUCUUACGUAUUGUCAUCCGAGGUGGCCUCAAGAAACACAGUACCUGCAAUCUGAGAUUAAAGCAGUCAGACACUUGUCGCUUAUCUCAGGAUCUGAUUGGUGGAUAUAUUUUGAUUGGGUAGCACUGGUGUUCAUCCUGGCAACUAUUGCAUCCCACGUGACCUUCUUUCACUAUAGCACUGACUUAUCCAAAGAGGUCCAUCACUACAUCAUAAUGCCACUCCUCAUGAUAGUUUGGUUCAGAAUUUUGAAGUAUGCUAGACCUUUUGAAAGUGCCGGUCCUUUUGUAGUUAUCUUUGGCAGUGUGACGGGCGACAUCGUAAAGUGGGGAUUUUUGAACUUGAUUAUCUUAAUACCAUUCACCUGCGCAUUUUGGUUAACAUUUGGUGCAAUUUCCUUGCACCCUGUUCCCGGUUACGACAACGUUGGCCCAUUGUUAUACAAUAUGUUUUCGAUGAUGGUUGUUAAUGAUCAUGGUUAUGACAAUUUAGAAGCAACAAAUCCAGUCAUGGCGAGGUUGUUGUGUGGUGCUUUCAUCGGGAUUGCUGCAAUAGUCACCCUAAAUCUACUCAUUGCUCUACUUUCGAACACAUUCGAAAGAUUGUACGAGAAGGCAGUUGAGAACGCCGUUAUGCAGAGAGCUCGCACAAUCCUAUUGCUGCAGAAAUCUUUGAGACGAAAACAAAAGUUAAAGUAUUAUGGUUUUAUCAGAAAGAAGGGAAGUCCUGAAGUGAUUCGAAACGAUCUUGGACGAUUGUUAUCCACAGAAACAGAUGAUAAUGCGAGUCUAGAACAGGUCCAGGAGGAUAUAAGGUAAGAAUUGCAUGUUAGCAAUUUUGUAGUAAAGGUUAUACAUGUAGCUGUAUAAUAUUGUUUCUGUCACGGACGUCAAGAAGGCUUAUACUGGAACACAAGAUUGAUUGAAACCAAUUGAAGUUAUAUUAUAAAAAAUGGAAUUCCAAAAGAACUGGGGAGAGUUUACUGGGAACUUCGAGGAGCAGAAAAGUCGGUAAAACAUUUAUAAGCGUGAACGACUGUGUUCGUGGCAGAACCACCAUGAUGUGUACAUCCUCCUCCAAAUAACGAUUUUGAGUUAAAAACUGAAAUUAUAAGCGCAUUUCCAUUUCUAGACACAUGAAAUUAUGUACAGAAUAAUAGAAUUAAGAAGCGUGUAGUAAAAUUACUUUUUUAUUCAUCGAUAUUUAGAUUUAUAAUGAAGGUCCUUGGGGAGAGAUUUGGUAAAAAAUAUGGUAAAGGGAAGAAGUCUGACAUGGAUUUUGUGAAAAUGGAUCUAAGCAAAGUAAGACGUUUCCAGGAAGAACUUGUGGUAGAUGUCCGGAAUAUGAAACUCAUGAUACAAGGAAUUACUGAGAUGAUGGAAACACUGCAAACAAAAAAUAAUACAACUCCAGAUCAUGUUGUUAACGACGGCGACAAGAAUGAUGAAAACGUGAACAAUAAUCAAAAUAGUACAAACAACAACAUCAACAACAGCGACAACAAAACAGAAAGCUCAUUUGCAACUCCAAAAAUUUUCACGAUUCCCUAUUCAAUGAGCGAUAACAAAAAAAUCCAACGAGUGCAAAAGAAAACCAAGAAUUCAAAAGAGAGUUCAAGUGACUCAGACAGCGAAACUUCCAGUACAAGUUCGCAAGAUUCCAGUGAUGAAAAUAACCACAAAAGUAAAAAGAAUCAGAAACGCAAUAAAAACAAAAAGAAAAGUGGACACAAAGACAGAAAAGAAACAGCUAGCGAUGGGAGCAAACAUGAUAAAACUGAAAGAUUACCGUAUCCUGGUCCAUCAUUGACAAAUCCGAUGGACGAUUUCAGACAAAACAACAAUGUUUAUCCUCCAAGCUCAAGGUAGGUGAACUCAUGUUUAAUUAUGUACAGUAGAGAGACAAAGCUGCAGCGACGAGUCACGUUUUAGGUGGAGUUACUAUUUUUAGACUUUUCGGGUUAGGAUUAGGAAAAGCGUUAGGAUUAGGCUUGAUUAGGAUUAAGUUCAAAAUACAAAAGAAUACAAAAUUACAAAAGUUUAAAAAUAGUAAUACCCCUAAAACGUGACAGGUAUAAGCUGCAGAUACAAAGUUUCACGCUACAGGUAUAGUGUUUCACAGGUUCAUGAUAAUUAUACUAGUCAUAUUCAUGCAGCUAGUUUUCCUGUCUGGUGGUAAAUUGUCUGCAUAAGUGAACAGACUAUAGCGCUGACUAUAACCUUAGUAAAUUAACUACAAAUAGACAAAAUGGAAAUAACAGGGACCGGACGAACCGGUCUACUGUUUAACUAAAAAUCAUACUGAUGCAGGGCUUAAAAAUCCAACAAAAAAGUUUACUUAUCAAAUGAAACAUUCCUUGUUGGCAAGAGGGAACACAGCAUCAAGUCUUGGUAUGACUUAAAAUUAAGUUACCAUUUUUAACAAAGAAAUAUCUUUUAGAUGACAAGAAACGCUAAAUUAUCAAGCAUGCAGUUAUAAUUAUUCAUAAUAUUACUAAAAAGGUAUUCAUUGAGUUUUACCCUUUGUACUUUAGAUUAUCGACGUCAGCUAGCUACCCAGAAUUGCAGCUAGUGCACGAUCAUAUUCCACUCAUUUCCCACGGGUACUCCGCUAUCCCUGCAAGAAGUCCAUAUCUCAGCACCAACAGACGAAUUUUCAACCCUGCGAUAACUUCACCUUCGCCCUACGACAGUCCACUUUUAGGACAAGAUAGGAGAUUUGCACCGCAGAUCCAACAAAGGCAAAACGGUUUCACAAAUUAUGGCUUUCAAAACCAAGAUGUUCAUAACCAACCUGCAACCAACGUGCAGUAUUACACAAAUAUACCUCCACAAUCAUUACAUGUACCUAUAACCAAACUACCAACGUCAUUAAGUGACACAGCAAUACAUGGAUCUACCCAACACAAUCAACAUCCAUAUGCAUAUCAACCGGAAGUACGGAAUACGACAAGUCACGUGUUAUCGCACGUGACAGGAUUUCAACCAGAGCAUGAAGUAUUUCACGAACCAAGUCCUACACAAGCAAGUUGGGUAAACUCCUCAGGUUUAAGUGAAAGAAACCACGAUCUUUUCUUCCCAAUACCUCGAGCAAGCGUGCCUAGUGAUCAACAAUCGCACAGUACAACAUCAGAAGUCGCGCAUGGUCAAACUAACCCAGUGAUUUAUUCGCCAGACAACUCAAGUGAAAUAUAACGGAUUUAAAUACUUUACUGCACAGAUCAUGCAACUCACAAAAUGCAUGAAAAGAGUCUCAAGAAUUUAGACUACAUGCGUAUAAUUAACAGUGCAAUAAUAUAAUGUAACAAAAUUGCCUGCAGACUUUCAAAAUCAAAUGAAAGUUUGUCUCAUAAAAUUGAACAUAUCGUCAUGAAACUGAAUUAAUUUUCUUACCAAUACUGUGCAAAAUAAAAUUCCUCACCUCCAAAGAGUACCCUGCGAAUAAAAGCCCCCUUCGAACUGUCUUAUUCCUGAAUUAAAUAGGGGGUUGGAUAUUGUUUGAAGGUUGCAAACAGCAAAUUUUCAAUACAUAUUUUCCUACGUCUAAUUUUUUAUGCAAACGAUUUCAAAAUUGUAUAUAAUUUUGCACGCCAUGACAUAGCCAUUGUUAUGCAUGCUGCUUGCAUAUAAGGUGUGGAGUGAACAAGUGCUUGAUAUUCUGAGACUAUGAGAAGAACUAUAUGAGUUAUCAAGAAUAGUAUAAAUUGUUAUUCAACGUUUAGGUAGCACAUAUUCAAGUUUAAUUAUGUUGCCAUCUUUGACUUGAAUACUAUGCAUGAUAUGCUAUUUAAAGAGUUUUCUGAUUUCUAUUUCUGAAAAAUAGAUAUUGAACG